UGGAGACCCAUCUCCAGAAAAUGGUACGGCUAAUGCUCUGAGUGGUACCACUUAUGGGGAGAUGGUUAUCAUAAUCUGUGACAACGGGUACAUACUUCAAGGGGAUGAGCAUAUUAUUUGUACAGAUGGUGGCAGCUGGAGUGAUAGUUCAACUUGCUUAAAAGAUUGUGCUGACCCGACACCUAACAAUGGCAAAACCAAUAGGCCCUUUGGCACAACAUUCGGUGAAACAGUUACAGUGCUUUGUAUUACUGGUUACAACCUGAAUGGAUCUGCUGCUAUUACAUGUCAGCAUACCGGGUGGAGUGAUACACCAACAUGUGAUAUACAAGAUUGUGGAGACCCAACACCAGUUAACGGUUCGGCUUCUUUUCCCGAUGGUACAACGUAUGGCGAGACAGCCUUCAUUAGCUGUGAUGAAGGCUACGUAUUGCAAGGAGAAGAGCAUAUCACAUGCGAAGACGGUCCAACAUGGAGCGUAAAUUCUACUUGCUUACGAGAUUGUGGCGACCCAACACCUGUAAAUGGAAAAACGAGUAUACCAUAUAGUACAACAUUCGGUGAGACAGUAACAGUUUCGUGUAAGCCUGGUUACAACCUUAAUGGAUCUUCUUCUGUUACUUGCCAACAUACCGGCUGGAGUGAUACACCGACAUGUGAAAUACAAGAUUGUGGAGACCCAUCACCAGAUAAUGGAACGUCUAAUGUUCUGAGUGGCACACUUAUGGGGAGACGGCUAUCAUAAUCUGUGCCAACGGGUACAUACUUCAAGGAGAUGAGCAUAUCAUUUGUACAGAUGGUGGCAGCUGGAGUGAUAGUUCUACCUGUUUGAAAGAUUGUGGUGACCCGACACCUGUCAAUGGCAAAGCAAGUACACCAUUCAGCACAACAUUCGGUGAAACAGUAAUGAUAUCGUGCAAUCCUGGAUACAACCGUAAUGGCUCUUCUUCUCUAACUUGCCAACAUACCGGCUGGAGUGAUACCCCAACAUGUGAUAUACAAGAUUGUGGAGACCCAUCACCAGAAAAUGGAACGGCUAAUGCUCUGACAGGUACCACAUAUGGAGAGACGGCUGUCAUAAUCUGUGACAACGGGUACAUACUUCAAGGGCAUGAGCAUAUUAUUUGUACAGAUGGCGGCUACUGGAGUGAUAAUCCAACUUGCUUGAAAGAUUGUGGUGACCCAACACCUAUCAAUGGCAAAACCAGUACCCCCUUUGGCACAACAUUCGAUGAAACAGUAACAGUAUACUGUAAUCCUGGUUACAACCUUACCGGCUCUACAAACCUUACAUGUCAGCAUACCGGGUGGAGCGAUACACCAACAUG